GAGGAAGAGCAUUUUUUUCACCUCAGUGAUAAGUUGCACUAAGGUAGCCUAUUUUUCUUGUUUAUAACGCUUCUAUAUUUUAUCAUGUUUAUUUCAGUCAUUAAAUAUGACUGAAAUUUGUAGUGAAAGGCAUUUAGCCGUAUUCGUUUUUAUGAUGAUCUCUCUAUUGGAGAACGCGGAAGUGAAAUUGAGUUUAUUUUUUUGAUUCAUUGACGUCUUUUUAUAAAAGCAUUCAGCAGCAUUCUCGGUAGCCUCUUAUUUCUUGUCUUUUUGGAAAAUAUUCCUUAUGAUGAUAUUUUCGAUAAUAUUAAACAGCGUAACAAGUGGCUUGUGAAGGUAAGGUUUCAUGGUGCAGUCCGCGUUUUCAGUGUGAAUGUCAUCACGGGAGCUGUUGAAGUGUGAACUCUUCUAGUAGUGUCUCUACAGAUGUUUCCUGAUUCAAUCACAGUCUGUUUGUGUUUUAUUUCUUGCGUAUGCAGGACUCCGUAUCAACCAUGGGGAACAGAGCCUCAAAAAAUGGCAACAUGGACGAACCGGUGAAAACAACUUUAUUUGAGAAAGAGCCCGGUGGCAUCACAUACAGGAUCCCCGCGCUCAUCUACCUGCGGCACGUCCACACUUUCCUCGCCUUCGCUGAGAAGAGGUCGUCUCCCUGUGACCAUGACGCCAAGAUCCUCGUGAUGAGGAGAGGAACCAUGAAGGAGGACGGAUCUGUGGAGUGGUCGUCCAGACAGGAGCUGCAAUCAGCCACUUUACCAAACUACCGCACAAUGAAUCCCUGCCCUGUGUAUGAGAAAAACAGUAAAACGGUCUUCUUGUUUUUUAUUUGCAUCUUGGAGAACGUUACAGAGAGUUGGCAAAAAUGCACAGGUAGGAACAAAACACGACUGUGUUAUGUGACCAGCACUGACAAUGGCCAAACAUGGAGCGAUGUGAGGGACUUAACAGAGAGCGUGAUUGGGGAGACUAUCCACAAAUGGGCCACUUUUGCAGUUGGGCCGGGCCAUGGGGUCCAGCUAGAGAAUGGGAGACUGAUCAUCCCAGCUUAUGCCUAUUACAUUCCAUACAGGUGCUUCUCUUAUCCCAUUCCUGGCACUGUCCACCCACGUGCCCUCUCCAUAUACAGCGAAGACUAUGGACAGACAUGGCGACUGGGUAAGAUGCUGAGAAAACCUUCUUGCGAAUGUGAGAUGGCUGAAAUAAUCGACCAUGAAGGUAGAAGCCAUCUUUACUGCAAUGCCCGCUGCACACGCAAAAGAAGAGGCCAUAGAUGCGAGGCCCUGAGUGAGAACAGUGGUGUGUUUUUUGACAAACCACACUUUGCCCGAGAGCUGGUGGAGCCCCCUUCAGGCUGUCAGGGCAGCAUCAUUGGCUUCCCUGCUCCUGAAUUUGUCCCAAAUGAUGAUGCAGAAAGCAAAGCCUGUGGGACAUCUCUACUGUCUCCAGAUACCCAAACAUGGCUCCUCUUCAUGCACCCCACCGAUAAGUCAUGCAGGAGAGACAUGGGAGUGUAUUUAAACCGCUCCCCGCUGCACUCGUCUGGAUGGGACAAGCCUAAGAUCAUCCACAGUGGACCUAGUGGCUACUCAGACCUGACCUACCAUGGGGAUAAGGAUACAUUUUCGGGUCUAAUGGAGUGUGGGAAAGAAUCUGAACUUGAACAAAUCUCUUUUGUCACUUUUACUCUCAAUGAUGUCAUGCAAAUAGGCAGCAGGAAGGACAAAAAGGUGGACUGAGGUAGAAUGGGGAUUCUCAAAAUAAUUGGCUUUAAGUACCAUGUUUAAUCUAAAUGUAAUUAAAACAUAGCCACACACAAUCUGAACUGACGGAUAAGGAUGUAUUAAAAAUGAACUACUAAAUAAGGAGAAACCACAACAAAAUCAUGACAAAAUUUUAAAAUCCAUUAUGAAUCGUUUUCUAAAAUGAAAAUUUAGGUCCCAACCAGAACAACUAUGAAGUGAUUUAAAGUGUGCCACCUGUGAAUGCUCAAUGAAGUUGACUGAUUCUCCUAGAUACUGACAAAGAAUAAACCACUAAAUAUGCUGUGAAUGUGCUGUGAUGUCCCACAAUACAUCUGUCUGUAUGUAUGCAUGAGUUGUGUGAUAUUGUCUUAAAAAAGAAAACAGAAAACUUAGUAUCAAUAUGCAACUGUGCAGAUGUGUAAAAGAAAAAACUAUUUUUAACUGUUCGGAUGGGUCCUUUUUUAGCAUGCAGUGGUAGACUAUUAUUAGACAUUUGACUACUGUUUCAUCUCACUCUACAUCUUUUAAUUGAAGCAGUGGAGGAAAUUUGACUACCUCUUUUUGUUUUGAGAUCAUAGCCGGCCUUGUGAAGGAGUCUGAGGGAUGUUUGCUCCUGACAUAACCUUUACAUUCAAUACUUGAUGCCUUUGACUCCACUCUCUUAUGUUCAUUUGUGCCACAGCCCGGGAAAUAGUUUUAUACAAUACACUAUAUUUUGCUACCUGUCAAACUGAGAAUAGUUAAUGUUUAUUUUCAGUUUCAGUAUGACAGCAUACAUUCCUCAAACAUUCAGACUUUGUCACUGAUUAUUUUUGAAAGUGCAAUAUCAUGGCCAGAUAAAGUGUGAUAGCAGUCCACUUAACGCAUGUGAAGAAAAUAUUUAUAUAUGCCCUUUAGGACUUUGCACAUGUAAAACUGUACUGAGUGAGUGACAAAUAAUAUAGAUUUAUUAUGUGUCUGUUGUUCAAAGUAUCAACAUCUGCAUGAAAUCUGUAUUUUAGUAGAAAAUAAAAUGACGUGAUGAGCCCA